CGACGACAGAGGUUCUCUUGUGCAAUUUUAAUUAGUGGCAGAAAGUUAUUCAGUGCAGGAAUUUUCAAUUAAAGAAUACUUUCGAUUGUUUCUCGAAACAAAAAAAAUAUUUUUAUUGUGACAAUGAGCGAAACCGAAAUAACCGGGAAUAUUUGUGCCGUUUGCGGUAUCACGGCAGUGCAACGAUGUACGGGCUGUCUUGCGGUCACGUAUUGCGGCAAAGAGCAUCAAGUACAGGACUGGAAAAGGGGCCACAAGAACGUUUGCAAGGCGUAUGAGGUUGUUGUCAAUGACGAUCUCGGACGUUACUGCAUCGCCACAAAAAACAUCAAAAAAGGCGAUGUACUUUUGCGUGAGAAGCCUUCCAUCAUCGGCCCAAAAACCGUUACGCCCGCCAUUUGUCUCACGUGUCACAAAUUUAUGAUGCCAGCUCCGGGCGAAAGUAAUUUCACGCUUUGUUCGUUGUGUCGAUGGCCGAUGUGCAGCUACAUUUGCGAAAGUAGUCCCCUGCACAAGGACGAGUGCGAGUUGUUUGUCCGCAAAAAAUUCGAUCCGAACAUAAAAUUCAGCAAAUUGGGCAAAGUUGAGUCAAAUUACUGCAGCAUUAUGGCUUUGCGGAUGCUGAUGCUGAAGGAAAAGGACCCAAAAUUGUACAAAAAACUCAUGACGCUCGAAAGUCAUUUGGAUCAACGGAGGAAUACGUCGUUGUAUCAGUUGCUGGGCAUGAAUUUGCCAAUGUGUUUGAAAAUGUUGCUCGGGCGGGAGAAAGUUGAUCGCGAAACGGCGCUGAAUUUGUGCGGAAUUUUCGAUACAAAUUGUUUUGAUGUUAAAGUACCGGGUGCCAAAGUCAAUGCACGGGGGAUUUACUUUGAGGCUGCCAUGUUUUCGCACAGUUGUCGCCCGAAUGCACGUCACUUGUUCAAACCAAACUACGAUAUCGUCAUUUUUGCCACAACUGACAUCAAAAAGGGCGAUAUUAUUAGUUUAUCGUACACCCAACCACUGAAAUGCACGCUCGAACGUCGUUUACAUCUGAAGGAGGCAAAAUGUUUUGAUUGCUUUUGCGAAAGGUGUAAGGAUCCCACAGAAUUCGGCUUGUACAUGAACUCCAUCCUUUGUACGAGCUGCCAAACGGGAAAGCUGGUACAAAUUGCGCCCGAAACGGAUAUCGAGAGCGACUUUAAAUGCGACACGUGCGAGGCAACUUUCGACAUUGAGGAUGUCAAGGAGACGAAAAAAACUAUUCAAGAUGCCAUCAAGGGUGCCGAUAAGUCGUCGCCAGAUGAUUUUGAGGCGAUUCUCGAAAUGUACAAAAACACGUUCCCGCCAAAUGCCUCCGCUUUCCUCGAAAUUAAAUAUGCAUUGCUACAGUUGUACGGAAAUCCAAACGAUCUAAGCCCCGAAAAACUCCAAAGAAAAAUCGACUUGUGUGUCGAACUCCUUGAAAUCAGCAAAAUUUUGGAUCCCGACUACGGUGCAUUACGAACGACGUUACUGAAGGAGUUGCAAGCAUGUCUCAUUGUCUUUUUCAAGACAGCGGAGGAAACAAAGGAAUACAAGGAAUUGUACGAAGAAGCUGUCAACAUCAAGCAAUUCGAGGAAAAAUUAAUCAAAUAAUUUUCUUUGUGAUGCAAUUUUACUAAUUUAUUUAUUUAUUAAAUGUUGUUAAAUGUAA